AUGUCCUCCUACAGCGGUUCAGCCAUCCGCACCACGCACAUGACGGGCAUCGCCACGGACAUCGGUCUCAUCACCGGGAGGCAGUUGAUGUCCUUCUUUCAGAAGCGGUGCUUCCGGCGUUGCCGAUGCUGCGAGCAUCGCAAGCUCCUGGGCUGGCUUCAGAACGAGACUCUUGAAGAAUUGGUAAGAUGA